AAUUUGUAAAAAAAGUCAAAUAAAGGGAAUAGAUGUGCGAAGUGGAAACUUCUUUUUUAUUCGUUGGGGUUAUAAUCACAUUUUCCGUAUGAAGAAUAUCCAAAACAUUCCACGCAAAUGAAAACCUUGGAAGAAUAUAAGAAAAAAGUGAAAAAGAAGAGUCCUUGGACUACUUGAAGUCAAAAAUAUAACAAGAUACAUUAUAAAUAAUUAGACGAAUAUAAUAAUUAUGUCGCAAAGAGAUAUCAGACGACAGUCAACAGCAGUGUCAAUGACGGGAAGUCAGUCAAAAGCUUCUUCAUUACAGAAAAUAACAGGACCAGAACGAAAAAGUUACACUAGUUUGUUUAUAUUCGGUGAAUCAAAUCCUGUUAGAAGAUUAUGUCGAGCAGUAAGCGAGUCUAAGCCAUUUGAUCACUUUAUUCUUGCAACCAUUGCUGUAAACUGUGUAUUACUAGCACUCAACACUCCACUACCACAUCAUGAUAAAUCGAAGUUGAAUCUACAAUUGGAAAAAGCGGAAUUGUAUCUACUUGCAAUCUUCGUCGUGGAAGCCAUUUUGAAAAUAGUCACGCAGGGUUUUAUAUUACAUCCGGGUUCUUAUCUUCGAGCAUCAUGGAAUGUGCUCGACUUCAUAGUUGUUGUCACAGGCAUAAUGAGUUUACCUAUGCUUGGAUUGAACAUCGAUGCCAGCUCUUUGAAAGCUCUACGAGCAGGAAGAGUGCUGAGACCAUUAAAAUUAGUUUCUGGCAUACCAAGUUUACAGGUGGUCAUUAAAUCUAUCAUGCGAGCAAUGGCUCCCUUGCUACAAAUUUGUUUGUUGGUUGGUUUCGUGAUUGUCAUCUAUUCAAUUAUUGGUUUAGAAUUUCUUAAUGGAUUGUUUCAUAGUGUUUGUUUUCUUAAAAAUUCGACAGAAUUUCAAGGCGGUGAGCCCCAACUUUGUGGCGAGAAUGGCUUCCAAUGUGACGAUAAUGCUGAGUGUCGUGAACACUGGGAAGGACCAGCGUUUGGUAUAAUUAGUUUUGAUAACAUGCUACUUAGUAUGUUAACUGUGUUUACUUGUAUCACUUGUGAAGGAUGGACGGAUACGAUGUAUUAUACAUUUGAUGUUUAUGAUUUGCAUGGCUAUCUGUUAUGGAUCUAUUAUUACUCCUUAAAUAUCAUUGGUGCACAAUUCAUGUUGAAUCUCGUGCUGGGUGUUCUCAGUGGGGAAUUUGGAAAGGAAAGAGAACGUGUUGAAAAUAGACAAGCCUUUUUAUUGCUACGGCAAGGCCAACAAACAGAUCGAGCUUUGGCUGGUUAUAUUGAUUGGAUUGAUGCAGCAGAACAAGUUCUUGUAAAAGAGGAAGAUGAGGAAACAGGUCAAAGAAGAUCGAGAACGAGAAAGAAGACUGAAACUGGGAGUGUUGGUAUGACGAGUGUGUUGACUAGAAAUGCAGCUGGAAAAGCAUUUCGUUUGAAUAUUACAGAUUCGAUGGAACAACAGGAAACUUGGAAAGAAAAGUUCCAUCGUAAAAAUCGUCGUUUUCGAAUCAGAAUACGAAAAAUUGUUAACCAUGCCGCAUUCUAUUGGUUAGUGAUAGCAUGUGUGUUUCUAAACACUAUUUCAGUUGCUGCGCAACAUUACCGGCAGCCGAAAUGGCUGACAGAUCUCCAAGAUAUAUCUGAAUUGGUGUUUCUAUCGUUUUUCUUGAUUGAGAUGUGUUUGAAACUUUAUGGGUUGGGAGCAAGAACUUACUUCCGAUCAAAAUUCAAUAAGUUUGACAGCGUGGUAGUAACGGCUGGUGUUUUUGAGUUGAUAGUUUCAAAAAUCUAUGGAAUCAGCAUGGGUAUUUCAGUUCUUCGUGCACUGCGUCUGCUGCGACUGUUCAAAUUUACAAGAUACUGGAGCUCACUAAAAAAUCUGAUUACAUCGUUAUUGAACAGUAUGAAAUCAAUCAUUAGUCUGCUGUUUCUUCUCUUCCUCUUCAUUCUCAUCUUCGCUUUACUUGGCAUGCAGUUGUUUGGUGGAGGUUUUGCACACCGAGUUCAACCCCCACGUUCGAACUUUGAUGAUUUUGGAAAUGCUAUGUUGACAGUAUUUCAGAUUUUAACUGGAGAAGAUUGGAAUCAGGUUAUGUAUGAAGGAAUUUUUGCAUAUGGUGGUCCCAAAUCAGCAAAAGGAUUAACCAUCUCCUUAUAUUUCGUCACGCUUGUUGUGUUCGGAAAUUAUACUUUAUUGAAUGUCUUUCUCGCCAUUGCUGUUGACAAUCUAACAAACGCACAGGAACUAGGGGAAGACGAAAAAGCUGCCGAAAAGAAAAGAGAGGAACAUAAAAAAGAAAUUAAAGAGAAAUAUGCACCAAAAUCUACAGCAAUAGAAGGAAGAGGGUACGAUCUAUCAAGGGACAGAAAUGGGGUUGUUAUAAGCGAAUUUGAAAGAGUUCCCAUAGAAGGUGGGCAUGCACUUCCAGGUCAAAACUGGAUAAAGAAUUUGAAAAAUCCAGGUAGAAUGACAGGAAAUAUUAAAGGUGAUGACGGAAGUGGCAUGUUGCAAGUCAAUACACUUUUCGUAUGCUUUCCUGGAAAUCCAAUUCGCAUUUUUGUGCAUCGAAUUGUAUCGUCCAAAUAUUUCGACAACACCAUUUUAGCUUUUAUUUUAAUAAGUAGUAUGUUCCUUGCCAUGGAGGAUACUACUGGUCGUCACGUGACACUAAACAAGGUCUUAAGAAAUUGUGAUUAUAUUUUUACGUCGAUAUUUACGUUAGAAGUAGUUUUAAAAGUUAUAAAUUAUGGAGUUAUAUUACAUAAAGAUUCAUAUUUUCGUGAUGCAUGGAAUUUUAUUGACGCCUUGGUUGUCAGUUGCUCCAUCGCUUCACUUGUCCUCAGUCAAGACGAUUCAUCAUCCGCAGAUUCAAAACGAGUGAUAAAAGUACUGCGUGUGUUGAGAGUGUUACGACCUUUAAAAGCUAUCAAUAAAACGAAAAAAUUAAAGGCAGUUUUUCAAUGCAUGGUGUAUUCUUUAAAAAAUGUCAUUAAUAUUCUGGUCAUUACGAUUCAGUUUCUGUUUAUCUUCUCCGUGAUGGGAGUUCAACUGUUUUCAGGAAAGUUUAACUACUGCACGGAUCCAUCUAAAAUGGACGAAGAAAGCUGCCAAGGACAAUAUAUCACGUUCAAAGACAAUGAUUUCCACAACCCUGUUGAAAGAACUCGAGAAUGGAAGAACAGGGAAUUUAAUUUCGACAAUGUUUUCAAAGCGUUGGUGACAUUGUUUACUUCCUCAACAGGAGAAGGAUGGCCUAAUGUGAUGUUCAACGCCAUCGAUAGUACGGAUAUCGAUCAAGGUCCAGUCCUUAACAAUCAAAUUCAAGUUGCUCUUUUCUUCAUAUUCUUCGUUGUCAUCUUCUCCUUUUUCUUUCUUAACAUCUUUGUUGCUUUGAUUAUUCUGACAUUUCAAGAACAGGGCGAAGCGGAAGAAGGAGAUAGUGAAUUGGACAGAAACCAGAGAGGGUGCUUACAUAUUGCGAUGGAAGCCAAACCAGCCGAACGUUUUAUGCCAGAAAACCCAAACAGUCUGCAAUACAAAGUGUGGCAAUUUGUUGAUUCAGUUCCAUUUGAAUACUUUAUCAUGUUGUUAAUUUCUGGAAACACGCUUAUUCUAAUGUUAAAGUUUGAUGAUCAACCAAAGGAAUACGAAGCUUAUUUGGACGUAGUAAAUGUUAUCUUUACGUUUCUCUUCACUGGUGAAUUCAUGUUGAAGUUAUUCGCACUCAGACAUAAUUACUUCCGAGAUGGUUGGAAUGUGUUUGAUUUCAUCAUUGUACUUGGAAGUUUGCUAGACUUUGUCUUUUCAAAAACCCUUCAACAAGGCACUAUCCCAUUUGAUCCGAGUUUGUUCCGGUUGUUUCGUGCAGCGCGCUUAAUAAAGCUUCUGCGAAGAGGAUAUACAAUAAGAAUUCUUCUAUGGACCUUUCUACAAUCGUUCAAGGCAUUACCCUAUGUUGGCAUGCUUAUAUUUUUACUAUUUUUUAUCUACGCAAUUAUUGGAAUGCAGAUGUUUUCGUUAAUAAGAAUCGAUUCAGAAGAAGAACCAUGGGCACAAAUUAAUCGCCAAAAUAAUUUUCGAGCAUUUUUCCCAGCCAUGCAAGUUUUAUUUAGGUCAGCCACUGGUGAAAACUGGCAUAACAUCAUGUUAGCGUGCGGAAAUAAUGCCGAAUGUGAUAGAAGUCUACCAGCUUCUGUUGGAGCAGCUUAUUGUGGAAAUAAUUUCACUUACGCUUAUUUUAUCUCUUUUAUAUUCUUUUGCUCUUUUCUGUUGUUAAAUUUAUUCGUUGCUGUAAUUAUGGAUAACUUUGGAUACUUAACUCAAGAUGAAAGCAUACUUGGUCCACAUCAUUUAGAUGAGUUUAUACGCGUUUGGGCGGAGUUUGAUCCAAGGGCAACCGGACGCAUUAAACAUACAGAAGUGUGUCAACUAUUACGUCAGAUGUCACCACCUAUUGGUUUAGGAACAAAAUGUCCAAAAGUUGUAGCCUAUAAGCGUUUAAUUCGAAUGAACAUGCCGCUACAUCCAGAUAACACAGUGGACUUCACAGCAACUUUAUUCGCGCUAGUGAGAACAGCCUUAAACAUUAUGACGGAACAGAACAACCUUCAUAGCAACGAUUUAGAAUUACGUUUGAUGCUCAAACGAGUUUGGCCAAAUAUAACGAAAAAGACACUGGACCGUGUGAUUCCUAAGCGCCCGCAAGGUGCUAACCAGAUGACAGUUGGUAAAAUCUAUUGCGCCAAACUGAUUUACGAAAAUUAUAAACAUUUAAAAAAGUCUGCUCCGAAGAAAACUGUGGUUGUGUCAAAUGGGAAUGGUUCUGCAGUCCACAAGGAGACUAUAGUGGAGGAGGAACCUCCCCCGGUAGUGGCACCUGUGAAAACAAAAUCACCUUUCCAUAUAAGCGAGCUACUACCAAGCGUAAAUGGGGCUUUUAACCUCUCCACGCCAAACUUAGCGAACUUUUUUUCAUAUCGUAACUCUCCACCGCAAAGGUUGUCUCAAUCUACGUAUUCUGUAAACAACGAACAACCACCGCAGGAGGAGGCAGCUGCUCCAUCUACAAGUAAACAGCAAAUCGCGCUUGCUAUAAAGUCUGGUAAAAGUCCAUACGAAAUGUACGGUUUGCCAGAGUCAAAUGAAGAUGAUGACUGGUGCUAAGAAUCUCAAAGAAAAAGAGGUUUUUUAUUGGAAAAAUUGAACUUUCUGCAGGUCGUUUGACAGAUCUAUUUAUCAACGUGCAUUUUCACACACAAACACAAAAAGAAGUUACAUGUCAUACGUUAUAUAUAACAGCAUUAUCUGAAAAUGUGUGAAUGUCGAAAAUUAGUGACUAUAUUCACGACAAAAUUGCAAUCUUAACAGACAAACUUACCAAGGUGCAUCUGUUAGAACCAAAAAGUGGCAGCACUUUAGGAAGUGUUUUUGUGAACGCUAAAAACAGUGGAAUAAUUGUUGGCUUAUUUAACUUUCAUAUAAGAAAAAUUUUGUUUUUACUUGAGCGGGACAUAUUUUUACAGAAAAAAAAUCAGAUAUCAAAUUUUAAA